UACAUAUCUGCGAAUAAAUUCAAAGUAUGUGAAGUCCCCAAUCCGCAUUGGGCUAGCGUGGGGACUAUAGCCCAAGUCCUCUCACGCAUGAGAGGAGGCCUGUGCCCAGCAGUGGGACGUAUAUAGGCUGAAUUAUUAUUAUUAAUUAUUAAUUGAUACAAUUUGGUGGAUAAAUACAGGUUGUCCCAGAACUACCACGUCACAGUGACACCGGAGCCUAUUUUGGUGUCCCAAUAAAUUAUAAAUUUGAAUAGGGUAGAAAGAAACAAUAUGAAGAAGUUUUCAUUGGGAAUACUAUUAUUUUUACUGCUCUGGAUAAUCCAAGUGUCAGGCAGCAAUAACCAAACAUGGCAGGAAAUAUUGGAGAUGGAAAAAACAAUAUCCAGAAGACAAGAAGAUCCCACCUCGAUGAGACAAAAGACGGCGGGCGCCAUUUUAAAGAUGACGGUUGAAUUUUUAAAAGAUAUGGAUAUGAAAAUGAUUGACGUAUACAGGUUGGAACAUAAAUACAUCGGAGUCAGGACAUCCGAUUUCGGCGCUGGCAAGCUGUAUCAGGAUAUUGAAACGCGUUUCAAACACAUGAUUAAAUUAUACAAGACUACUUCCAGAUUCAAAUACAUGAUGGAAGAAAACAUGAACCAUGAGGCAUUGAGAGAAAAAGGUGUCGGAUCCCUUCAAUCCAUGUUGAGCGACUACAACCAGUUAUUAAGCAUCAUUGACCUCUACAGGUUCCGAAAGAAGCUCAGCAAAAAGUAUAAUAAGUAUAGCGAGCUACGCGACUUAAUUCAGAAGAACCUUAUAUCUCACAAGCGGUAUCCUUACAAUCACACGACUACUUAAAACUUAAAAUGAAAACGUAUAAAAUUAUCAAAAAAAUGUACAUAAAUGGAUA